AUGUGGUACAUUCCCAGACGUUUCGCCGCCGUCGUAGUUAAGGAGAUGAGUUUUAAUAUGGUGCUACAAAUGACAAAAGUCAAUGACGAUGCCGACAUGAUGCCGGCGAAACGUCUGGGAAUGUUCCACGUCCACGCUCCCAUCCUGCACUGCCGCGGCUUGACUCCCGCUGAGGGUGUUGAUAAGACCAAUGCGAGGUCGAAACUGAAGUCCACCCUGGAUGAGAACAACUUUUGGAAAAGCAAGGAUCUCAUCCUAGCAUUUCAUACCGAGCUGGACCCUUUGCUUGGAAUGACAGGUACCGCCUUGACUAUCCCACCUUUCGGGCCACUCGUCAGUAACGUGUGUGAAACUGAAGCCCCACCUCCACCAGCACCAGAAACAGUAGUAAUAGGAACAGUGACAAAUAUCUCAACUUCAGCCGGUGUCACUAUUCCUAUUUCUAAUAUACUUGCUGGUCCCACUGGUGCUUCCAUUGGUGAUACUGCAACAUUGGCUCCCGAAACUAAUUUGAUUGCUCCCUCCCCUGGGUCGUUUACAUCAAAUACGGAAAAAUUAAAUCCUUUCAAUGAGACGCCAGCUGAACUAUCCGAGCUUGCACAGGUUGGCCAUUUUUAG